CAAAAGACGUUUCAUUAGCUGUACGACGCAUCCAGUGGUCUAAAAACCCCGUACUCUAGAAUGUCGGACGGUUACUUGAAGUCCCACGGGAAGAUUCUCAUUGAUUAUGAGGCGAUUAACGAAAUCGUUUUGGGGGCCGUGGGUGUCAUGAUGGUCGGGGUACUGGGUUUUGAUCCUAUGACUUUGCACUUUACGUACCAUGCAGCGAUAUGUGGAAUAUUGACCAUGCUGAAGGGGUGUCUGCUGUUGCACGGUAUCAAAAAAGAAAACAGGAUAUGUGUGAUGGUCCACAUUUUGUUGUCGGUUUUGUCCUUGCUGUUGUACAAAGCAGUGGUUAUAUAUGUGGCCCUAUAUACCCCAAUGAUCAUCCAAUCUUACACCGAUUCAAUGUUCAUAACGGUCUACUUCGUCUUCUUUCCGUUGUUUUUUGGGUUUUCUUGGUACAUACAGUUUUGCGCGUUUCGAUUUUACCAGUAUUUGGGAGCACAGGCAGCUGCGAAAUACGUGUACUUUGAAAGACUGAUGUAAUAAAUGGUCGUUGUAUACAUUGUAUUGUAUUUAUCUGUAUCCCCACCAAUACGUUGAUGACGUCAUCUCAAAUUAACCAAAACACAAUUCGUUCCAUUAAUACCACACCAAAUUGCUGCACCGCGGAACAAUUCAAACAUUCGCUCUAGCAGAGAAGGGGCAAACUCAAAAUAGAUACAGCCACUACGAAACGAAAAACUAGUUCAUUAUCGAAACACGCACCAUCGAAUUCCGUUUCCACAAAACAAAAUGUCUUACAGUUACCUCACGUCGUACGCAAAAAUGUUCGUUAACUAUGAAGCAGUGAACGAGAUAGUUCUAGGGACUGGUUGCGUCCUUGGAAUGGGUUUACUAGGUUUCAACUACUACAACCAGGCUUUCAUAUACAUUAUGUUAGCUUCUGGAAUAAUCACGGUCUCAAAAGGGUGUUUGUUGCUUUAUGGUAUCAGGAAAGAGAAUUGGGUGUGUGUGAUGAUACACAUGGUGUUGACUGCGAUAGCUUUGAUUGUGGGCAAAAUAGUGGUGACAUUUUUGGGUGUGGUAAUGUACCGCGAUGCACUAAGGGAGUUUGGUGCCCUUUUCCUUAUAAGUAUAUUCUUGCUCUUUUUUCCUUGCGUUUUCGUGUUUUUUUGGUAUGUUCAGUUUUGUGCGCUCCAGAUUUGUUGUAGUUUCAGAAGAAAGCAACGUGGAGUGGAGUCGUCUUGAGUGUAAUCAAAAAGUGACUGUUUUGGGUAGUUUAAGCGAUUUAAAUUUUCCAUGUGUACUGUUAUAAUAAAGUAUCAGUAAAU